AUGAUUAUCAAUGUGGAGAGUCAAAGGAUACAUGGGAAAUGUACUUCUUCCUUAACUGACAAUAAUGAAGUUGCAGCAAUGAUGAGCAAUAAGUCAUACAAAAGUAAUUGCAAUGGAGGUUACAACAACAAUGGAGGAUUCAAUACUAAUAACUACAAUGGAGGUUUUAAGCGUAGUAAUUCAUUUGAAAAAUCUGGGAUUUAUUGUGAAUACUACAAAGGCAAAGGGCACACCAAAGAUAACUGUUACAAACUGCAUUGUUAUCCUCCAGAUUUCAAAAAUAGAAAGAGAGAAAGCCCUUCCAAUACUCAUGCAAAUAGUGUUACAAGUGUUGGAAAUCAAGUUCCCGAGUCACACAAUCAUUCUUCCAUGACUCCACUUGCUCUACUAAACAAAGGACAAGAGGCUGAACCUGUAGCAAAUGUUGCAACUGCAGGGACAACAGGUAUUGCCCAUGCACUUACGUCACAUCUUGUAGACCAGAAUUGGAUAGAAGAUACAAGUGCUUCUAAUCAUAUGGUUCAAAGUCUGGAUUUGUUAGAUGAUUAUGUGAAGUUAACUGGAAAGGAUAGGAACAAGGUACACUUAUUCGCUGGAGAGCAAGUAGCUAUUUCACAUAAGGGUGUUGCAUCAUUUUUCAAGGAUAAUCCAGUUCAGAAUAUUCUUCAUAUUCCAGAUUUCAAAUAUAAUUUACUCUCAGUUUCAAAGAUCACAAAGGAGUUACAAUGUUUAGUAGCUUUCUAUCCUGACGUUUGUAUCUUCCAGGAACUCUCAAGUGGGAAGGUGUUGGGGAUUGGUAAAGAAGAGUUUGGACUUUACAUUCUGAAGGCAAAUGGAAGGCCAUUUCUAGCUACUGAACAGUCUUGCUCUGUGUCCUCUUUGUGGCACAGAAGAUUAGGACAUGCUCCAUUAAAAGUCUUGCAAAAGCUAGAUGGUGUUCCUAGUCUAAAACUAGAAGGUCAUCACUGGAUAUUGUAUUCAAAAAGGAGGUAUUUCCUUUCAAACACGUCUUUUGAGUCUUCUAUUCUAUUCCCUGUGCUGGAAUUUGUUGAGACUUUAACUCAAUCUUUACCUCAAGAUACAAUUCCUGAUACAACUCUUGUUUCUGCAAUCAACUCUCCUGAAGAUCCUAUAUUCAAUUCUUCUGAGGAUCAGUCAACUGCUGACGUGUCACCUUCACCAGUUGAUCCAUCUACUUUGCUGCCUCCUGGACACUCUACUCCAGUGGUGGAACUCAUAAAGUCUUCAAGAACUACUAAGCCACCAGUGUGGCUGAAAGACUUUGUAGUUCAGCCUCAAAAGGGUAGUCAAUAUCCAAUUUCAAAUUAUGUAGGCUAUAAUACUCUUUCCUCAACUUAUCAGGUUUCUCUUGCUGCUUAUUCUGCUAUUCUGGAGCCUAAAUCUUUCUCUGAAGCAAGUAGAGAUCCUAAGUGGAUUGAUGCAAUGCAAUCUGAAAUUGUAGCCCUUGAGAAAAAUAACACUUGGUCAGUGGUAGAUCUUCCUUCAAGAAAGACUCAUAUAGGCUGCAAAUAG